CCGACGGUUGAACCGUCCCGUCAUACCUCGCGUGGCCAACGGCUCUCUCCACAGAAAACUGGCUCAUUGAAUUACCCUACUCAGCCUCUUCAGCUCGGCAUAGGCAAAUAAUUUGAAGCAAACCAGAUCGGACUAGCUCAUUAAACACCUGCUAUCUGCCACACACUUCCCCGGUCUUCUGUCUAUCUGACUGCGGCGGUGGGGCGUGCUUUCCUGGGCUCACUGGCUGGGUUUGGUCGGGGAGGUAGGGGGAAGUACGGAGCUGGUCCCGAGUGAUGAUGGAGCUGGAGUCGGCCAGUAACAGAGGCGAACUGGGAGCAGUGGGGGACUCGCUGCAGCCACCAACCCCGAGCAGGCACGAAAAGAGCCUGGGACUGCUAACCACCAAGUUUGUGACUUUACUACAGGAGGCGAAGGACGGAGUGCUGGAUCUAAAAGCUGCUGCAGACACCUUGGCAGUUCGACAGAAACGACGUAUUUACGAUAUCACUAAUGUGCUGGAGGGAAUUGGACUGAUAGAGAAGAAGUCCAAGAACAGUAUCCAAUGGAAGGGUGUAGGUCCAGGUUGUAACACCAGGGAGAUAGCUGAUAAGCUGAUUGAUCUGAAGGCAGAGCUAGAUGAUCUGGCUCUCAGGGAACAUGAGCUGGACCAGCAGAGAGUCUGGGUCCAACAGAGCAUCAAGAACGUCACAGAUGACUCCAACAACAGCCCUAUGGCAUAUGUAAAACAUGAAGACCUCUGUGGAGCUUUCAAAGGUGACACACUCCUAGCGAUUCGCGCUCCCAUUGGCACACAACUAGAGGUCCCCAUACCAGAAGCUGUCCUCAACGGGCAAAGAAAAUACCAGAUCCGUCUCAAGAGUUUAUCUGGUCCUAUCGAGGUUUUGCUGGUCAAUAAGGACCCGUCCAGUGCCUCUCCUGUUGUGUUGCCCGUCCCUCCUCCAGAUGACGUCCUUCAGAACCUCCCUGCACCAACACCUACCUCCCAGCCGACCACUGCUGCCUCCCAGGUCCCCAAAGCAGCUGCAGCCACAUCUACAAAACCUGGUCCUGCCACAACAUCAACAGCAGCAGCCAACCAGACAGUCUCAGUGACAGGUGGGGGGGGGCGUCAAGGGUUCAAAGUGACAAGCACCACGCCACUCACCCCAACAACAGAUACACCUGCUACAGUCACUCAGCAGCUUCAGUCCUCUGCCUUGUUGGAUGGAUCUGCAUCCUCUUCUGCCUCUGCAGUAUUUGAACCAAUUAAGUCGGAUCCCUCUGAAUUGCUGGACUUUCCCAAAGAGCUCUCAGACAUGUUUGAUCCAACAAAAGAGAUCAUGAGUGGAGAUUUGUUGGAAGACCUGAUGUCAUCAGAAGUGUUCUCACCUCUCCUCCGGCUGUCCCCUCCACCCAGCGACCACGACUACAUAUACAACCUGGAUGAGACAGAAGGCCUGUGUGACCUCUUUGACGUCCCCAUUCUCAACCUCUGACCCCUGAGAUUGUUGUCUGAGUGGGAAACAGUUGCCCUUACAUGCUAAUCUACCUUUAUUUUCUUCAAGCGCCCCCCCCCCCACAGGCAGGGAUGGUGAGAAGAGGUGCUGGAAAGCUUAUAUGACCUGAUGAGCGUUCAAGGACACCUCUGCACUGACACGGUGAGCUCAAGCUGAGCUCAGUCAGACAGUAGCUUGAUGUACAGCCUCAUGAAGAAAUACAUGCGAGAACAAAACAUUUUAUUUACUGCUUCUCCAAGGAAACAGAGUCAAAACAAAUGACAAAUAAUUAUAUUUUUGGGUUCUUGUGUAUUAUAAAGCGUCAUGUUUGUGUAUCAGCUUUCCCAUGUGCUCGUGAGUGAAUGUGUGUAAGCAUACUUUACAUGAGUGUGUGCUUGGUAGUCCGUGUGCCUCCUUGUGUUUUGUAUUGAACGCUCUCUUAACUUGAGUCAGAUGUCUCCAGGAAAAAAAAGAAACCUAUCAGGUCAAGAGUCAUAGCAGACAAAUGGAGCACAGCCUUUAUCACCUGGCAGCUGCUGAUGCUUAGCUUGAAUGAGUCCAAACAGCUGGUUAAAUAUGCACUGUCCUCAUGUACAUAGAGAAUAUAUAUUUUGUAUUACCAGCACACAAGACUAUUGUAUUAUUAUGUACUACAUUUGUGACACAAGCAGAGCAAUUGUUUGCAAAAAAGAAGGGUACCAUACUCAAAUGAUCAUACUGUAUGUAUGAAGUGCUUUGUUUUGAAUAAUGGGACUUCGUCUUGAUUUAAUCUUUCAGUGCUGAAGUGUUGGUGGGUUCCAGUUAGAGAAAGAGGAUCUCAAUAAUAAGCUGUUGAGGCCAAUAAACUUUGUGACAUAAUGAGCCAUGGACCAAAAAAUGCAGGGCUAGGAGAAAAGUUUUAGAAUACUACCCUUUUACAUUAAUACAUUUUUAGGUAAAUGGAAAAAUAAAAAUGUCUCAUGUAAACUCCGGAUUAUGAAUACCUUGUUCUUUAACUGGUUCAAUACUGAACCAGUUAAAGAGGUAUUAGUACUUCUACACUGAGAGGUUUGUUUGCUAAAUAAAUAAAGAUAGGCAUGCUUUCAGUUUCAUUUUGCCUCUGGACUAUAACAAUUUUUAUUGGCUCUGAUUUAUCUAUAACUUAACUGGUGUAUGUCAGAGGAGUAGCUUUUUUCCCCCCUUCCAAAGUGAGUUUUGUGGCGAUUGUCUUUCAGCUAUAAUAUAUGUAUAUGAAUACCAUUGUGCUCAGUUCAUUUGUAUGUAAAAGGACGUAUGUAUUUUUACUGAUGAGUGAAUAUAGUCACCAUGUCAUGAAAGAUGACCCUAUUUUUGCUUGUUUUUGUAUAUUUGGCACAGAUCCCUAUUCAAUAGUUUUUACUUUUUCCAGUGUUCUUUCUGUUAAUGCUUAUCACUCUAAAUUUGAUUUUUUUUUCAACUCUAAUUAUUCUCUCUGUGCAGGGGACAGAUAGCAAUUAAGGAUGAUUUGUUACUAGUCAGACUGUAUCAUUAUUAUUCAUCGUUCUAAGGUGCUUUCUUCUCUAAAAUCCCUUUUGUGUAAUAUUCUGUUUUGCCUGGGAUGACGUGUAUGUAUGUACAGUAUGUACUGUGUAUAUCCUUCUCUACCGCUUGUAUAGAAUAGCAUUUAUUUUUUUAUACCUGCUAGAUAUAUUAUUACAUGAUUGUUGCUACUAAUUUGAGGCUACACUUAAAGUUUAAGGGAUUUAUCCACAAAACCUUCUGCUUUAUCAAAGCAUCCUGUCUCAUUGUUGCACUUUACAUCACUGUGGACAGAUUGGUUGCUACUUAUCCACUCCUUGAUCAGUAGCCAGUCAUCGUGUUUGGACAGUGUUGUGAAAAGCCAGGGAGUUCAACAGUCCUGGGUUGAAUGAAUCAUGUCUGCGUGCUGGCAUGUGAGACUCAAUCUUACAGACUGUUUUUAACAGGCUCACUGUUGUUAAGCUGUAGUCGCAUCAAAAGAUACAAAAUAAACACUUUGGUAUUCUUUG